ACCAGAGACUGCGGACACAGUACAGGAGAAGGACCAGAGACUGCGGACAUAGUACAGGAGAUGAUCAGAGACUGCGGACACAGUACAGGAGAUGGACCAGAGACUGCGGACAUAGUACAGGAGAUGACCAGACACUGCGGACACAGUACAGGAGAUGACCAGAGACUGCGGUCAUAGUACAGGAGAUGACCAGAGACUGCGUACACAGUACAGGAGAUGACCAGAGACUGCGGACAUAGUACAGGAGAUGGACCAGAGACUGCGGACAGUACAGGGGAUAACCAGAGACUGCGGACAGUACAGGGGAUGACCAGAGACUGCGGACACAGUACAGGAGAUGACCAGAG